AAAAGAUUAUCUCCGAUAGAAUUUCUGAUAAAGUGGACCGGAGAUGCCGGUGGCUGCUUCCGCCAUUUACUUCCUCAACCUCCGUGGAGACGUUCUCAUCAACCGCCUCUAUCGCGACGAUGUUGGGGGAAAUAUGGUGGAUGCAUUUCGGACUCAUAUUAUGCAAACGAAGGAGCUUGGUACGUGUCCUGUGAGGCAGAUUGGUGGAUGCUCUUUCUUUUACAUGAAGAUCAGCAAUGUCUACAUUGUCAUUGUUGUCAGCAGCAACGCCAAUGUAGCUUGUGCUUUCAAGUUUGUUGUUGAGGCUGUUGCACUGUUCAAAUCAUAUUUUGGUGGAGCUUUUGAUGAAGAUGCAAUUCGCAAUAAUUUUGUUCUCAUUUACGAACUUCUAGAUGAAAUUAUGGACUUUGGUUACCCCCAAAAUCUCUCACCAGAGAUCUUAAAGCUUUAUAUCACUCAGGAAGGAGUGCGUUCCCCAUUUUCAUCCAAGCCCAUAGAUAGACCUAUUCCAAAUGCAACCUUACAAGUCACUGGUGCUGUUGGUUGGCGGAGAGAAGGUCUUGUCUACAAAAAGAAUGAGGUCUUCCUUGAUAUUGUGGAAAGCGUGAAUCUUCUUAUGUCUUCAAAAGGUAGUGUUCUGCGUUGUGAUGUCACUGGGAAGAUUCUGAUGAAAUGCUUUCUUUCUGGAAUGCCUGAUUUAAAGUUGGGUUUGAAUGACAAGAUUGGUCUUGAGAAAGAAUCACAACUUAAAAACCGUCCUAUUAAAAGUGGUAAAACUAUCGAGCUUGAUGAUGUUACUUUCCAUCAAUGUGUAAACUUGACAAGGUUCAACUCAGAGAAGACUGUUAGUUUUGUACCGCCUGAUGGUGAAUUUGAACUAAUGAAGUAUCGAAUCACUGAGGGAGUUAAUCUUCCCUUCAAAGUGUUGACAACUGGCAAGGAACUAGGUCGAUCACGAUUGGAAGUGAACGUUAAGGUAAAGAGUGUUUUUGGUGCAAAAAUGUUUGCACUUGGGGUUGUAGUCAAAAUUCCUGUGCCAAAACAAACAGCAAAAACAAGUUUCACAGUUACAUCAGGCCGAGCAAAAUACAAUGCAUCUAUUGAUUGUUUGGUUUGGAAGAUUAGAAAAUUCCCUGGGCAAACUGAGGCAACCUUGAAUGCAGAAGUUGAACUUAUUUCCACAAUCACAGAAAAGAAACCUUGGACCAGACCACCAAUUCAGAUGGAAUUUCAGGUUCCAAUGUUCACAGCGUCCGGUUUACGUGUCCGUUUUCUUAAGGUAUGGGAGAAGAGCGGGUACAAUACCGUUGAGUGGGUUCGUUACAUUACAAAAGCAGGAUCCUACGAGAUUAGGUGCUAGACACAUUGGAAUUGCCUGGUGAAGAUGGAAGCAAUCCCAAAUAAUAAAUGGCGCAGUUCAAGCUAAUCAUCCAAUUAUUGCACAUAAGUUUCUUAUUAACAAAAUGAAAAGUUCAAGCAUUGUUCAUCAUAUAGCGUGCUGUCAAUAUGAUUCUUUCUUUAAGUGAAAAGCCGAUUUAAUAUUUUUUGUUGCGAAUUAAAGGCCAGCAUGUUUCUGGAACCUGAUAGGCUGAAAUUGAUUAUCUGUCCUAUACACUUAGUAUUUUGUUCUGAUAUUUUCUUAUACGCAUAUUCUAAUGAUAAUGUUUAUUGAGCGAUGAUU